AUAGAGUCAAGGUUGAGCAUGACUUGACAAUUUUUUCUCUAGAGUGUAGACUAUCUAUUCUAUCUAGAUCUAGAUCUAGUUUUUGUCCAGUUAGUUUGAACAUGAUGUUUCAAACAGAAUUACAUAAACAUGUAUUAAACUAAGUCUAUAGUUUAAACCAGGCCAGAUGGCUGAUCUGGAACAAAGAAAGAUUGCAGCGAUUGUUGGGGCUUGUGUGGCAGAUGCAGCAGCUCAGCCUUUGCACUGGGUCUACAAUGAUGAUGUUAUGCAAAGUGUCACGCAAGACAGAGAGGAUGUGGAAUUCUGGGUACCUUCUGCCAACCCUUAUUACAAGAUUGAAGGAGGAAGGAAUACUUGUUAUGGAGAUCAGGCCUAUGUCAUGUUGAAGUCUCUUGUAGACUCUGGAAGUUUUAAUUUAGAAAAUCUGACAAAAGCUAACUAUGACUUCUUUGGGCCAGAGUCUGAGUAUGAGAAACCAGAAUCAGAUAUCCAAGAGUCCUAUCCUGUGAACAGACCAUGGCGCCACGGAUGCCUUAGAGAUUUUAUCAAAAACAUUCAUGAUAAAGUUACACCACCAGGUUCUCCUGAGGAUGACCAAAUUGACUGCGCUGUCAGAAUCAUUCCAUUAGUGGCUAUGUAUGCAGGUCACCCUCAAAUGUUGGAAGUGGUAGAAAAAGGCCUCAGGGUCUUACAAGAAUCUGAUUUAGCUGCCACUAUAGGGCUGGCUGCAGCAAGGAUACUGGAACAGUAUAUUUUGCUUGGUGACCCUGGAGAUGUUCUAACAACAGUUUCUAAUAAACUAAGCGACGCUCAUCGAGAAUACCCCCAGGAGCUGGACAAAGCUGUGGCUGGGCAGAUUCAUCAAGUUGAGAGGGUCAGAAAUGAGCCUCAUGCUGUUGCGGUGAACAAAUAUUUCAAAAAGAGCUGACAUUUGCCUGAGUCCUUUCAGUCCACUUUGCAUGGUGUUGUCACUGCUGCUGGCUAUGUGGCUGGCAUUCGUUCAACCAUUAAAGUAGGUGGUUGUAAUGCGUCUCGUAGUGGUUUUAUCGGUGCUUGUCUUGCAGCAAAGGAUGGCCUUGAUACAAUCCCCGAGAGCUGGAAGCUUAAAACCACAAGGUUUCCAGAAGUUUACGACCUUGCAACAAAGUUGGCGAAGUUAACUGUGUAAUGGAUGCUGUCCCUUUGAUCUCAUCAGACUGGUGUACAUUGACAACUCAAAGUAACUCUUCACAGACUUUGUUUUUUUAACACAAAACUUUGUGACAGGACAUGGCCAUCAUGCCAUUAAAUUUGAGCAUCUUUGAAUUGUUUGUUAAAUUGGAGUUGUCAAUAAACAUUUCUUCUUGUAAACAUUUCUUUGUGCCUAAACUCAAACUCAACUCAUACUUUUAAAUCUAUAGUAUAUUUAGAUAAGCGUCACUGCGCUAGUAGAAAUUAUUUGUGCAUACUGUUUCAGAUAUACUUUUAAACCUAUAGUAUAUUUAGAUAAGCGUCAAGAACACCUUUUUUGUCACUGUGCUAGUGGAACAAAAUGUUUUUCCUUUAUUUUUAUUUCUGGAUGACAACUACCGUAGCCUACCUUACAUCUACCACAUAAUCUUUUAAGUUCUUGUAACCUUCAAUCAUUCCAGCACCAGGCUAGAGUGAAACACAUCCACUUUCAAAACUGCUGCUCAAUAAGUUGAGAAUGUUUCUUCAACACUCCAAGCUUGCAUACAUCUAUAUGAAAACUUUAUGAUAACUUUGGCGUAAAUUCAGCAACGUCAACAGUUUGAUAUCUAAUUUUGUUUUCAUUUGUAUGUAUACAAGUAUAUGUGUUGAAAACAUUGUAAAUGAUCCAACAGAUUUAUCAUUACUUCCAUUUACACUGUUGUUCAUUAACAUAAUAUAAUUACUAAAAAAAAUAUAUUGUAUUAUAUACCUUUUAAUUUUUUUUUAAAUGUGCUGUUUUCAACUUUGUUACAAAUUGAUGUUAAUUUAAAUUCCACAGUAAUAAAAUUUAUUAUACCGUA